AUGGCAAGGAACAUCUAUCAAUCUCCAUACCCUACCCCAAGUGUUCCAACUGAUGUGAGCGUCUCGCAAUUUCUGCUGCGAAGCGAUCCCGACGACACGCAUCCAGACGUAGUUGUCCUUGCAGACUUCGAUGCCCCAGAGGAACGGUUCGUAACUUAUGGAGGCAUCCGCCUAAAUGCCUCACUGGAUGCAGCCACCUUGCGAAACAAGUACGGUCUACAUCAAAACGACGUGGUUUGUAUCUACGGAUUCAAUUCGGCGUAUUGGGCAUCGUUAGCACACGCGACCCUGUGGGCAGGCGGAUGCUUCUGGCAAGACAGCGGGAUCAAUCCACUAGCUACGAGUUUUGAGUUGGUUCAUUAUUUCCAAAUUGCACAGCCCAAGGCCGUCGCUGUUGACGCGAGCCUGCUCGGAAAUGUUCAAGAUGCUUGCAAAAAGCUCUCUAUAUCACCUCAUCUCAUCAUUAUUGAUGACGGUACACCUUCUAAAGUUGGAUAUGAUAUUUAUCCGUUGGAUUUUAGAGAUCAAACCGGUUCAAUCAGCCCAUUUGAUCUCUCCGCAAAGGACAACAGAACCCAAACAGCGGCAAUUUGCUUCAGUUCCGGGACGUCCGGCCCUCCCAAAGGGGUGGUCAUGUCUCACCACAAUCUCUUGGCUCAAAUUAUGGCCAUUCGGGCCACGAACCCCUUUCUUCAUAGCUCUCGGAGUCGAGAGGUCUUCUUCCCCUCGUUCGCUCAUGUCUAUGGGCUGGUAUCGGCGGUUCUGGUUCCGGCGUGGGUUGGGUCAUACUUGCAGCCGAUGAAGAGAUUCGAUUACAUGCAAUAUCUUCAACGAUGCUCGGAGAUUCGAGCCACCGUGCUUCGGCUCGUGCCAACCGCGGCUGUGAGAAUGGUGAAAGACCCCGAGGUUAAGAGGUUGGAUCUUACCUCUGUUCAGGCGGUCAUGUGUUCUGGUGCUGCCUUAUCGGAAGAAACGAUAACAGGACUAAAAGAAAUACUCAGAUCUUCAUGCGGGAUUCUAAAUGGUUACGGGAUGACUGAGGGUACUGUAACCCUUCUCCGUGAAUCUCGUCAAGACAAAGGUGACAGCGUUGGCCGGCUUUCUGCGGGGGUAUCCGCCCGCGUUGUCGAUGAUGCUCUCAAUGAUGUCAGGCCAGGAGCCGAGGGCGAGUGUCUUGUCAAGGGGCCAAGUGUUUUUCUCGCAUACAAGGGAAAUGAAAAAGCCACCCGAGAGGCAAAAACAGAAGAUGGCUGGCUGAAGACAGGGGAUAUCGUCAGGGUUGAUGAUGAUGGGUUUUUCUUUCUUACAGGGCGCAAGAAAGAAUUAAUCAAGUACCAUGGGAACCAGAUUUCACCAGUAGAGCUGGAAGCGGUUUUAUUGACGAAUGCCGAGGUUCUUGAUGCCGGAGUCUGUGGAGUCUUUGACAAGAAACUUGGCACAGAAAUCCCGGUCGGCUUUGUCAAGUUGACAUCUGAGUGCAGUGAUGAAGACCAAAACAUCACAUUGCAAAGCAUCCGAGCCUUUGUCAACUCCCGCGUCGCACCCUAUAAGAAAUUCCGCAAGCCAUUGAUCAGCGUUAAGGAGCUACCCAGAAACUCAUCAGGGAAACUAAUACGGAAAAAGCUGGAGAUCAUGGCAAAGCGAGAAGGAUUUAUUGAAUCUAAGCUUUGA